UUAAUGGUCUGUAAUGAAAUAAGAAUAAACUCGGGGGACUAAGAUGAAAAUAUUGGACAGAGUUUGCGGUUUAACUGAAUGGGUGUUGAAAAAAAUCCGUUCUUCGUAGCUCAAAUGGAGCUUUAUCCCUUGUGCCCAUGAAAAAUCAACUGAAAAAUGCUGGUUCCUCUCUGCAGCUGCAAUCGCCAUUUUUCCUUCACCACUUCCAAAACUCUUCUAAACCCCGCGCCCCAGAUUCCCGGCUGCCACUACCCCCAUAUCACGCUCAAACCCCUCCGCCGGCGAGUUUCCAUCUCCGCCGCCGCAGAGCCGGCGGCGGUCUCCCGCACUCAUGGGAAAUCCGCCUUUAGGCGUAUAGCCGAGAAGCUCCGCAGCCUGGGAUACGUGGAAGAAAUCAAGGAUGAUGCUCCGGAUGAAGCCUUAAACCCUGGCUCCAAUUCUCCCGGCGAGAUUUUUGUACCCUUGCCGAACCGUUUGCCCAAGUACCGGGUCGGGCACACCCUGGAUACCAGCUGGAGCACGCCGGAAAACCCGGUGCCUGAACCCGGGUCGGGAACUGCGAUUCAGAGGUAUCAUGAGUUGAGGCGCGGGGUUGUGGAGGAGAGGAUUAGGGCACGCAGCGAGGAGAAGAGAAAUAGGGCCCCCAGCUUGGCGGAGCUUACGUUGCCGGAGGAGGAGCUGAGGCGGCUGAGGACUGUCGGGAUUGCGCUGAAGAAGAAGUUGAAGGUGGGCAAAGCUGGGAUUACGGAAGGGAUUGUGAACGGGAUUCACGAGCGGUGGAGGCGGACUGAGCUGGUGAAGAUCACGUGCGAGGAUAUAUGCAGGAUGAACAUGAAGAGGACUCACUUGUUGUUGGAGAGGAAAACCGGUGGUCUAGUUGUUUGGAGGUCUGGAAGCAACAUAGUAUUGUACAGAGGGUCAGAUUACAAAUAUCCCUACUUUUUCACCAAUAACUCAUCAAACGAGUCUUCUUCUGAAGAAUCUUCCGAUUUAGACGAGGAUCAUAGAACACUCAACGAGGUUUUACAGCCACAAGACCCAAAUGCUGUGGGACCAGGCAAGCAAAGUUCUCAUCCGCCCCUAAUAAAAGGCGUGGGUUUGCCCAACAGAGUUCGUUUUCAGCUUCCUGGUGAGGCACAGCUUGCUGACGAGGCUGAUGCAUUGCUGGAAGGGCUCGGGCCACGGUUCACUGAUUGGUGGAGUUAUGAUCCUCUGCCUGUUGAUGCUGAUCUUUUGCCAGCUGUUGUUCCUGGAUAUAAGAGACCUUUACGUCUACUUCCGUAUGGAGUUAAACCGAAGCUUACGAAUGAUGAAAUGACUACGUUGAAGAGACUGGGCAGGCCUUUACCGUGUCACUUUGCUUUAGGGAGGAAUCGGAAGCUUCAGGGAUUGGCUGCUUCCAUUGUUAAACUCUGGGAGAAAUGCGAGAUUGCGAAAAUUGCAAUCAAGAGAGGAGUUCAGAACACGCGCAGUGAACUGAUGGCAGAAGAACUAAAGUGUUUGACUGGGGGAACCUUACUUUCAAGGGAUAAAGAUUUCAUUGUUAUAUACCGUGGGAAGGACUUCUUGCCAGCAUCAGCCUCUUCAGCUAUAGAAGAGAGGAGAAAAAAUGGGAUAUAUGCGUCAAAAGAUCCAUUAGUCAACAACUCAUCAGUUAUGAAUCAAGAGGAAGGUGAACAUGAAAUAAAUCAAUCUGCUGAUGAAGCUGAGAAUGAAGAAGAAAGUGGUCAGAAUUUGCAGAGCCGCUCUGAAAGAAGGAGGCUGAGGUUCUCAGUGGCAGCAGUGGAGAAAACAAAGGCCAAAUUGUCGAUUGCCUUAGAGAAAAAGGCCAAGGCGGAGAAGAUUUUAGCAGAGCUGGAGAAAUCACAAAUCACUCAACCACUUGAAACAGAUAAAGAGGGUAUAACUGAAGAAGAAAGAUAUAUGCUGAGGAAAGUGGGUUUGAGGAUGAAAGCUUUUCUUCUAUUGGGUCGGCGUGGAGUUUUUGAUGGGACAGUUGAAAACAUGCAUUUACACUGGAAAUACAGAGAACUGGUGAAGGUCUGUAUUGGGUGGAGGAACAUUGAAGAAGUUCAUGGAAUAGCACAGACCUUAGAAGCUGAAAGUGGUGGAAUAUUAGUAGCAAUUGAACGAGUCAAUAAAGGUUUUGCAAUCAUCAUUUAUCGGGGGAAAAACUAUAAACGUCCUGCUUCUCUGAGGCCCCGGACACUUCUAAGUAAAAGAGAAGCAAUGAAACGUUCAUUAGAGGCACAACGUCGAGAGUCCCUGAAAUUAAAUGUUUUAAAGCUCAGCCGGAAUAUUAACGAACUUAAGCUCAAAAUGGAGAAAGAGGAAGAUAAAAGGAAUCUGCAGUUGACAGAAGAUUUGAAACAUGGAACUGUUAAUAAAGAGGCUAUAGAAAAUCACCACAAUGAUGAUAAGAUGUCUUCUAGAGAUUCUGGAUGUGAUCACCAGUCUUACUAUGGAGACCUUGCCAAUGAGACUAGUGAAAGCCAUGAAACUGAUGCAAUUGCUAGAGCCCAAGAGAAUCCCUUGUAUUCUUCAGAAGAUUCCGUGCAUAUUGUUCAAAAGCAGCCCUUAACAAUAGAUGCUUCUUCCAAACCUGUGGUUAAAAGUGACUAUUUAAUCAACGCAACCGAUGCAGAUCUUCAACCCAGAUCACUGCCUAAGGAUACCGCCAUUUUCACAACCAAUGACCAAAAUGUUGAAUUUUCUCAUAAUUACAGGUCUCAGAAUCGAGCAAGCUCUUCUUCAUCGGUCGAACAAAGAGAGGCUUUCCAGCUCUCGAACAAAGAGAGGCUUCAUCUGAGAAAACAGGCUCUCAAGUUGAGGAAAAUACCCGUGUUUUCUGUUGGAAAGAGCAAUGUAUUCACAGGACUAGCUAAAGAACUAAAGGCCCACUUGAAAAAGCAUCCUAUAGCCAUUGUGAACAUCAAGGGCAGAGCCAAAGGAACAUCGGCCCACGAGGUCAUCUACAAUUUGAAGGUUCCCGCGCUCUUCUUGCUUUUUCCUCUAAAACGAAAUAAAACGCAAGCAACGGGCGCUGUUCUUGUGUCUCAAGAACCCAGCAAGGUGAUACUCUACCGAGGCUGGGGUUUAACAACCGAACCUAAUCAAGCAAGCCGAAAGGGAACUAAGGAUUUUAAAAAUGAAUCGAUGGGCCAAGAGGUGAAGGCCCAUGGGCCUAUAUCACGUGAGCUCCUAUCAGCAAUGAGGCUUGAGUGCGGCUUGAAAUCUGCCGAUGAUGAAACUGAUGGCAUUGUGGACAAUAUCCCUUACGACACGGCUAACACUUAGGUGGGUAACAAUAACAUUUCAUACUAUCACAAUUGUCAGCUAAAUCCUAAAAAUGUAAAUACUCUUUUUUUCAUUCUUUGUUAGUUGUAUUUGUAUUUGUAUUUGUAUUUGCAUUGUAUUUUUUUUUUAAUCUUCCAGAAAUUCUACACAAUGGCUAUUGCUUCUCACGUGUUCUUAAUUAAGAACACAUAAAGCUCCUUUGGAAGUUGGAAC